UUGAUAAACAGUGACUUCAAAACAUUUGUUUAUUAUUUGUUUAAAUAUUAUUUAAUUAAAUAUUUUAAUCAUUAAUUCAAUUGGUUUGCAAUCAUUAUUAUCAACAAAAUAUACGAUUACACGUGUGUCAAUAGAUUUAGCGGUUAAUAAUUGAUAACAAUUGUUGACAAUAGCGAUGCCGAAGAUAUUGGACUUAAGUAAGUUUAGUUUAGACCGAUUCAUUGUCCACAAUCCCGCACUGCCUGAGACCUACAUCAGGAAUGCCUACUAUAACGGCAUCGGCAGAUUUGUGUGUCAACUGCAACGGAUAACCUUCAAGUUCUGUAAGACAAAUAUGGACUCACGCGGUGUCCGCCACUUCAUUGAGAGCCAAUUGGUUGACUGGAGUCGUGCCAAUCCCGGUGUAGUCGUCUAUUUAAAACCUCGUCGGCAUCGAAGUCCUGUCAUUGUUACAGAAUAUAUGAACGGAAUGAACCAUUGGAUGUCAGUGAAGAAGUUUUCAGCCGUAGAGCUCGGCUGGUGGGUUGACUUCUUGAAGAACCGCUCCGGCUAUGAGUUGGCUCAACAUUUGUCGCCUCACACGUCAAUCCUGCCCUCAGUUCAGGGACCGUGGAAUCCAUUUAUCAAUCGCCCGACUCAUCUGAAUAUCCAACAGUUUCCGAACCAAGAGAGAGGUCAGUUCGUUGAGCCAAAACCGUCGGCAACACAACAGCUCAUAGAUAUGGCUAAUGAUUUGAAUAAUAAAUGAUUGACUAUUUGAUUGACAAAUAUUUGUUAUAAUUU